UUGCAGUUGAAAACAUAACAAACAUAAUUAUGAUAGAAAAAAUCUCACAUGAGUGCUGAAUUGGAACAUUGAACAUAUUCAAUUAAAUUGUCAGUCGUGAAAUGUUUUCGUGCUUCAGAAAAGAAAACGCCUCUUAAAAAUAGGAAUGAAUACAACAAUAAAAGCUACAAAUUCAAUGCUCUCGCAUUAGUUCAAUGAACCGUGAAUUCAAAAAGAAAUGUGCUGAAUUGAUGGCGUUUAAUUGUGAGGAAAGUUGAAAAUCCAAAGAGAAAAUAAUUAUGCAAAUAUCAUCAAGAGAAUGCUAAUGUGAAUAGAAUUUGCUACAAAGAAGAAUAAUAAUAAUAAAAAAUUGUUGUGUGAUGGAUUUCAUGUAUGCUCUCAAGUGCUCAAUACAUGACAAGUGUUAGCUGGAAGGCACAUCAAUCUUAUAACGAGCUAUUGUAGAAAUGCCGUGUGCUUUCAAGAGUUAUGGAUAUAUUAUGUUAAUGUUCUCACAUAUGGAAUAAAUUAAUUCAUCAUUACGAUACAUGAAUAUCGACAAUCACUUAACGCAAGUGUGUGAAAAUUGUGAAGCAUAAGUUGUCAAAGGUUGAACGAGUAUUAUCAUCGGAAGUAACAAUCAAAUUUUCAUCUAUGCCGUGUCGUACAACAGACAACAAUAUGACGGCAUCUUUAGUUCUGCUUUUCUUCUUGAUAUUGAACGCAGGCGCUUUUGCCGGUAAUGCAAGGAAAUUUAGAACGGAAUUCCUUCAAGACUUCCCUACGCCGGGCACAGGGCCUUAUUUUGACACAACUGUGUCAUCAAACGUGACGGGACUAGUUGGAAAAACAGUUCAUCUCAUAUGUAAAGUUAAAAACUUAGGAAACAGAACGGUAUCAUGGGUACGUCACAGAGAUAUUCAUCUUUUGACAGUAGGACGCUACACAUAUACAAGUGACCAAAGAUUUGAAGCGAUGCACUCACCACAUACGGAAGAGUGGACGCUUCGGAUUCGUUAUGCACAACGAAAGGAUUCAGGCAUUUAUGAGUGCCAGAUUUCCACAACUCCACCCGUUGGACAUUUCGUGUAUUUAACGGUUGUUGAGCCUGUCACAGAAAUCGUCGGCGGAGCAGAUCUAUUUAUUAAUAAAGGAUCAACAAUAAAUCUCACUUGUAUUGUUCGUUAUGCACCUGAACCACCACCAGCUAUGACUUGGUCGCACAAUAGAGAACGAGGCACAAAAAAAAACUCCACAACAAACUUUCUGCUCAUCCAUUUUUCUUGUGUAUAUUUUCAGACAAUUAAUUUUGAUUCACCACGCGGUGGAAUAUCAUUAGUUACAGAGAAGGGUGUUCUUACCACCAGUCGGCUGUUAGUACAAAAAGCCAUUCCAAGUGAUUCGGGCUUGUAUCAGUGCUUACCCAGUAAUGCCAACCCAGCGUCCAUUAGAGUUCAUAUAUUAAAUGAACAUCCCGCUGCAAUGCAUCAUGGCAAAGCAUCAACAUUAUCACUAGAAUAUAAUCUUCUGUUGCUUCUAUCGAUAACAUUCCUCUUCUAUAUCUCACCAAGCAUACGAUGGCGAAAUAAUUAUGCAACACUAAACACUUAGCUAAUUAAUUAUUCAGUUGAUGAGUAAUGAAUUAUUCAUAACUGGCAUUCAAUUAUAAUGCGUAUGCAUUUGAUCAUUUCUAUGCGUGAGUGUAUAAAAUGAAUUUAUCUACUUCUCUGAAGAGAACCAAAAACAAAGACAGAAACAAUUCGUAAAUUCGUUUGAAUUUAUCAAACAACUAUGUAUGAAACGAAUGAAGCGAUAAAUUCAUGAUAGAUAUUUAGAUACUUAAUUGAGAGGCCAUUGUAAUAUAUACAUAAGUAAUUAAAAUGGAUUUAUUCUGAAAAGUGAAUGUGUAAAUAAACUACAUAAUUGAC